CGGUGUAGACAUCAUGCUGCCUCAGCGAAUUCUGUCUCUGCUGGUGUGCUGCGAGGUCAUAGUAAGUCAACUCCACACGCAGGAGACAAGGACCACUUUCAGCCCUGAUGAACCGGACGUAGCCAACAAGAAUCCGCACAGGCGGAGAUGGCGCACAUUCAGCUGGCGCGACAACAGAAAGAUGCGUGGAGCCAGUGGACUUUUCUCAUGGCCUGAUUCUGUGAAUCCUGAAUCCUCUGAGCUGAGGGAGACACGCAGAUCCUGGCGGGCUGUGCAUAAAAGCGACGUACAAAAUAGAACUGAGCCUUUCCGAUCUGAGUCAGGAAAUGUACGCACUGCUACCGAGCCAAGAGGAGCCAGCUGUGGACUGGGAGAAGAGCCUCACAGGGCAAAAUGCAUGACCAGAUCCAAUAAGUACCAACAGAGGCACGGACCAAAUCAAAGGUCCAGCAGGGUCCGGCGGAGCGACCCACUGGGGGACUCUGUGUGGGAGGCCCCUGCAGGUGCCAUGGCACAGGGACAGGACAUAGGACAUCCCAUAAUAUUAAACACCAGCGACUACGAAGAGGAGUACUCCCUGCCGGACUUCCAUGAUACAACAUUAGAGCCCAUGAACCCCCGGACCCCACGCAAGCCACUGAAGAACCCAUUCUACCCACCCUCUAUGGACGCAUACAGAGCGUACGCCAUGACGUUGGCUGCUGCCGCCAUCUUCAGCACAGGGAUCAUUGGGAACGUGGUGCUCAUGUGCAUCGUGUGUCACAACUACUACAUGAGGAGCAUCUCAAACUCCCUGCUGGCCAACCUCGCACUAUGGGACUUCAUCAUCAUCUUCUUCUGCCUGCCACUUGUGGUGUUUCAUGCACUCACUAAGAAGUGGCUGCUGGGAGAGUUCUCGUGCAGGAUUAUCCCCUAUCUGGAGGUGAGAGGAGAGGUGUUCUGA